UAAAUUAUAUUACAAUUUACAACAUAAAACUCACUCGAUUUUUUUUCAACUUUUAUUUUACAUUAAAGUGCAAAACUGCGAUAGUAAUCAUUGUAACAUUUUACAAGACCGUAAAUGUGUUAAAGGAAGAUAACUUUUAAUAGACGUCGAAAUAUUGAUUUAAAGAUGUGGCCUUUAUUAUUACGGUUUUUACGAACAAAUGCACCAUAUAUUACAUUGCCUGUCGCGGCUGUAGUUGGAGUUAUAGGUUAUAAUAUAGAAGGACUAUUAUCUGAUAAAUACACUCCAUAUUCAAAACCAAUUCAAGAUCAAAGAGUAGAUAGAUUAGAGGAUGAACUAUUGAAAGAUCCAACAAAUGUGCAAAAAUUAAAAUAUAAAGCUAAUGUAUUAGAUAAAAAUGUAUCGCCUUCUUUACAAAAAGAUUAGUUGUUUUUAGGUUAUGUUAAAGUUAGUCAAUUUCUGUUUAUGUUAAUAUAUUAUAUAAUAUUUUC